GCAGUAAGUCCACUUACCAGCUAAAAACGUUUCUUCUUGGAUCUACAAUUAUGAGUUCAUAUUUCAAUUUUACAAGUAUUUGGUCACUAAUCCUUUUAACAGGCGCAGCUCAAUGCAGCCACAGUGGAAAAGAUCCCGACGAUCAGCCAGAAUUUGACGCUGAAGAUAAACUAGAGAAAAUAAAAAUCAAAGCCGAACCUUCAACAACAUCAAGAGGAGCCCUUGGUCAAGGAUUUGAAAUCCACAAAAAAGAUUUACUAACCAAGCAAUUCAAAGCAUCGGGAGCAAAGAUCUUCGAGGACCUUCCGAUCGAUGAAUGUAUAAUAACCGAUAAGCUUGGUGCUAUCCAAAAGGAUGACUCAUUCUAUAGCAGUACCGAGUCCCUUUACAAUUCAAUUUCUACCAACACUAAGGUUAGUGGGAGCCUAAAAGGUGCAUACACUCUUGGUGCAACUGUAGAAGCCGUCACAAACAGCAUUGCCUCAGGGGAAACCGAAGUGCAAGGUCUGUCGCUUAAUAUCAGAGCUUACAGCUUGUCUUCUGCGCUAAAGAAAGACUGUAUUAACAAGAAACCAUUGGUUAAAGAUCUCGUAGAAGCCUUUGAAGCUCUACCCAAGGAGGUCGAACAACCAUGGAAGCUUUCUUCUUGGAGAGCUUACAAGRUAUUUUUGUCGAAGUAUGGAUCCCACUUUGUCAAAGAGUCAAUCUCAGGUUCCAGUAUCUAUCAAUAUGUCUUUGCCAAAUCCGACAAGAAGUUCAACCAGAAAGACUUCGCUGUCAAGGCCUGCGUGUCAUUAGCUGGUCCAACGCAAGCAGGAAAAGCAGAAAUUUCUGCUUGUGCGGGAGUGACUAAAAAGGAUAUCGAGAAAUCCUUUUCACAAUCAAUGGUAAAGAAGUUAGUCGUCCGAGGUGGCAAAUCGGAGACACGAGCAGAAUUGACCGGUGAACUUAAAGCAGAGCAGAUCAAGAAGUUUUUGAAGGAAGCAGAAACCGACCCAUCACCUAUACAAUACUACUUUUAUCCAAUAUGGGACAUUUUUAAAAUUAGGUAUAUCGGAAAGGAGCACUACGCUAAAGCAGCUAAUUUGGAGCAGUUYUACAAAGGCUUUCUCCAUUUUGAUUGUUCCCACAAACAAACCAACAACGGCAAAGAAAUCCAGAAAUUCGACCUUGCUGAAGACAGCGACCCAGAAUCCCCAACGUACGUAUGCAAGCUUGGUCCAGAAGGAUGCAAAGUUAACGAUGACUGCCAUUAUGAGCAUGCCUACUGGUGCUCAUGCUCCGGUGAUUCUUGUGUAAAGUAUAAAGACACUAAACUCAAGGCUGGAGGGAUCAAGAAAGAGGCUUAUGCUUACAAAGGCAGUGGAUGGGGCUGGCAAGGAUGCAAGCUUGGUGGAGUUGGACUUAGCUGUUAUUGUUCAGAUUCGAGGCAGGACUGGACGUCAGCCUGGCGAGGAGAUUACCUCGAUAAUGUACUAAGAGAUGUCCACUCGAUGUUGUUAAAGAAGCGCCGUGACCAAGCCAAACGUCAUCGCCUGCAUUGCGAAACUUAAUCUAUCAAUAUUGAAGCAUGGUGAUGCUAAAAAGUAAAAAAAGUGCAUUAACUGAAAUAGAUCGCGUCUGCUAUCAAUACAGUAAGUCAAAAAUCGCUUUUAAAAAGAUGAGUUCUUAGGAAGUUCCAGGAAUAUUAGAUCCCUUUUAAGGCCAUCUAUUCGGACUAAACAGCAUUUCAAGGUUUCUACAAUUAUCUGCAAUUGGUUGAAUUGCAGGCCUCGUUGAACAUUACAUUUAACUCCUAUUUUGAACCUUUUCUCAUGUUAUCUGUGAGAGCGACGGUUAACGACCUCGAGAAGACCAUGGUUAUACACUGGAUUGUAUACUAAUCAAUAAAAGUAUACGAACUA